AUGAAGUUCCUCUUUCCUCUCAGCAAGUCCUGGGAUAUCCCUAUUGUCAGUGUCUAUACACCAACUCUCUUGAGUCCAGACGAAGACAAGGAAGGCUUCUACGAGGACCUGGAUCAGACUAAUUGCAAACAAGUACAAAACCACCUGGGUGUAUCCCAGUCCAAACACAGGCACCGACUCAACUAUGUCAUCGUACGCCAGCAUGUCCUUAAAGAUGUCACCAUCGCCCAGGCCAUCCGAGGCGCUGAGUGCUGGGCUGAACACAGGCUGGUUCAGUUGGUCUUCAACCUGCACACAGCCCCUUUACGAUGCGGCGGAAACAAGGCGGCUCUCUCGCUCUGCAGCGCGAACUUAACUCGCGCUCCUCCUCGCCGCCAACGCGGAGUUUGGGGACCCUGGCGUAGACGGUGCCACGGGGGCUGGCCCUGGAGGGCUAUCCUCACCCUCUCGCACCUCCCCGAAGUUACGCAUUGUCCUGGCCUCCCCCAGCCGUCCGCCCCUGCUCUGAGAUACCUUUUUUCUACGCGCCACUUUGCAGAGGAGAACUGCAAGAAGUAUCUGCAGAAGAAGAAGCAGGAAGAAUCGGAGCAGCCGGUCCAGGUCCCAGCAGUGGACAGUAGCUUUCCGAGGGCCUCCGAAAUGCAGGGCAUCACCACUCAGGAUGACCCACUUGGGCAGUCCCCUGAGCUCUUUGACGCCUUCAUCUGUUACUGCCAGAAUGACAUUCCCUUUGUGCAGGAGAUGAUCCGGGAACUGGAGCAAACGGAAUACAAGCUGAAGCUCUGCGUCUUUGAUCGGGACGUCCUGCCGGGAACCUGCGUGUGGUCCAUCACCAGCGAGCUGAUAGAGAGGCGGUGUCGAAGGAUGGUGGUGGUCAUCUCAGAUGACUACCUUGACAGUGAAGAGUGUGACUUCCAGACCAAGUUUGCUCUCAGUCUCUCCCCAGGAGCUCGUCUCAAGCGCCUGAUUCCCGUGAAAUGCAAAAGCAUGAAGAAGGAGUUCCCGAGCAUCUUACGGUUCAUCACCGUCUGCGACUACACGAACCCAGCCACCAAGAAGUGGUUCUGGAUCCGGCUGGCCAAAUCUCUGUCGUUCGUGUGACGCUUCGUGGAAAGGUUGAAGCCUCGCGACUCUGGCGGGUGGGGCCCUCAGGAAGGGCGGGAGUCACAGAAGCCUUUCCUUGGCUUCUCACCGUGAAG